ACUUAAAUGUCUGGUCGCGUUCGGCAACCUUCGCUUCAGGCAUUGAAGAAAUUUUCCUGAGCCCUAGAUUCGCCUUCUUCCUCCCUUGAUUCUCCUCAAUUGGCGCCUCCUUCUGCCCGGAGCCGACUGACUAGCGCUGAGACAUUGCUGUGUGUGUAAUAUCUUAGUGCUGCCUGAGCAUCAGUUGUAACAUGGCCUCCUCUUUCCGAGCAUUCUUGAACAGUCCAGUUGGUCCAAAAACCACCCAUUUUUGGGGACCUAUUGCCAACUGGGGAUUUGUUGCUGCAGGGCUGGCAGACAUGAACAAACCUCCAGAAAUGAUCUCUGGCAAUAUGACAGCAGCAAUGUGUGUAUAUUCGGCUCUGUUCAUGAGAUUUGCAUGGAUGGUUCAACCACGCAACUAUCUGCUGCUCGCUUGUCAUGCUUCAAAUGAGACUGUGCAACUUUACCAACUCUCCCGCUGGGCAAAGGGAAACGGGUACUUGUCAGAGAAGAAGGAAGAAGCUGCAUCCAAGUAAACUGAUGCUGAUUUUGUUGUUAUAUGCUCAUGUUAAUAAAAUACUCUGCCCAUGGGAGUCAUGUAAAGCAUUUUGCUUUUGAUCAUUCAAAUGCAAGAAUGAUUUGAUUGUGUUAUUUUCCGAUCGAGUGUAUUUUCUAUUCAAGUGAUUAUUCAAAAUUCAAAAUUCUCAGUAAUAAGCUGUGAAAUGACUUUGAUUACAGAUUUUGAAGAAUUUGAGUUUUGUUUAACUCA